CUGAAAACAACACGUGAACUCGCUGCUGCGGUUUACAGGUUUAUCCCCUGCUAGCAAGAACAGGAAACUUCCCAUCAUGCAUGUUUGUCAGCGGUGUGUGAGUGUUUUGCUGUGGAGGCCUUUAUCUGCAGCUCUCCAGCAGUCGACACGCUCACUGCAUCAACACACACAACACAACAUACUGCAGCAGAGCACAACACACACAUCCAUCUACAGCAGACCAGGAGGACUUCGAUACUUCACACACCAACACACAGCUUCUCCAGAUGUCCAUAACACUGAUCCCCAACAGAACAAGCCUGGAAAACAUGUUGUGCCGCUAGAAAAUUCUGCCAUGCAUCAAACAAGUCAAGUUUAUCUUUCAGGUCUGGAUGCAGUUGCACGUCCUUCUCCACUUCAGGAAAUCAGUGAUGAAGAAGCAGUUCAGAUCCAAGUGCCUUCAGUUCUUCCUGCAGACUCUUUCACACUCAGACCGUAUGUGGAGAAAUCAGAAACGCUCAGCAAACUGGUUCAGCUCGGUGUCAAUCUGUGGGAUCUGGAGCAGAGGCCUAAUGUGGGCUCCAUGCUGGUUCGGCUCGACUUCCAGGCAGACGUUGCACCCAGACUGCUCUUCCUCAGAGAUCUGGGAGUUGAGGAGUCCGCGUUGGGUCGACUGCUCACCAAGAACCCCUUCAUCCUUGCGGAAAGCCUGGACAACCUUCAGGCCAGGGUGUCCUAUUUGAAAUCAAAGAAGUUCAGUGCGCAGUCUGUGGCGGCGAUGGUGACUAAAGCUCCAUACCUGCUGAACUUCAGCGUUGAGAGGCUCGACAACCGACUGGGCUUUUUUCAGCAGCAGCUGGGACUCAGUGCUGAGAAGACCCGUAAUCUUGUGACUCGUCUACCGAAACUAUUGUGUGGCAGUUUGGAGCCAGUAAAGGAGAAUCUGAAGGUCUGUGAACUGGAGUUUGGAUUCCGUGGGAAUGAAAUCCAGCACAUCGUCAGCACAGUUCCCAAAGUACUAUUGGCUAAUAAAAGAAAACUCACGCAGAUCUUUGACUUUGUUCACAACACCAUGAAUAUUCCACACUCGCUUAUCGCAAAGUUCCCUCAGGUGCUUAAUGCCAAAUUCCUCCGCAUCCGAGAGCGCCACUUGUUUCUGGAGUAUUUAGGCCGUGCUCAGUACCAGCCAGAUCAACCCAACUACAUCUCCUUGAGUCGUUUGGUGUUCCUGCCUGAUGAUGUUUUCUGCUCAGAAGUUGCAUUAGCCACUCUUGAAGACUUUGAAAGAUUUCAGAAAACAUUGUAGCUGUAAUUUCAUGAAUAUUAUUAUUUUGCAAAUAAACCAGUGUUUCGGUAUGA